AUGGCACGAGAAGGUGCCGCAUCGCGCCGAGCCUCGAACGCGCUCAAGGUGGCGUUUCAGCCGUUCGAUGUGGACUUCCAUCCGACGGCUCACCUGCUCAGCGUCUCCUUCAUCUCGGGUGUCGUGCAGCUUCUCAAUGUCGAUCCUACCACACUGCAAUUCGAAAGCAAGUGGAAGAAGAGGGGCCACACCGACUCCUGCCGAGCUGCACGAUUUGCUGCCAAUGGCCGAUGUGAGUGCUGGUUGCUGGGGGUGUGCAUGGUGCUGCUGGGGGUGUGUGAUGCUGCUGGGGAUGGUGUGUGGUGGUGCUGGGGGUGUGUGGUGCUGCUGGGGGUGUGUGGUGCUGGGGUUGGUGCUGCUGAGGUGUGUGUCACUUUCUGGUUGCUGCUUCUGUACAUCAUUGUGGUGUCAGCAGCAGCAGACAAGUCUAUUGUGGUUCAAGACGUGGAGACGGGGGAGCAAGUCACGUUUGAGGCUCCUGAAAAGGUCUCCCCCCUCUCCCCCCUCCCUUGUUUUCUUUCACACACCCUCCUCACCCCCCCAGUUGUGGUGUCAGCAGCAGCAGACAAUGAGGGAAUCAACCGGUUGGCAUGUUGGGGUGACUCCUGUGUGGCAUCUGGUGAUGAUUCCGGCACAGUCAAGUUUUGGGAUCUCAGGCAGGAUGGCAGUGCAGUGGGCAGCACAGCCACGGUGCAAGUAGCAUCGAACUAUCUCACCGACAUUCGGCCCUUCCACUCCUGCAGGGCGGCAGUGCAGUGGGCAGCACAGCGACCGUGCAAGUGGCAUCGGACCAUCUCACUCACAUUCGUCCCCUCCCUCUCAUCACCUGUGUGCCUCUCAGCUGACGGCGGUGCAGCAGGCAGCACAGCGACCGUGCACGUGGCAUCGGACUAUCUCACUCACAUCCGCCCCCUCCCCGCCUGCAACCGCCUGCUUGCCGCCAGUGGCGAUGGCUCCAUGGCUGUUGUCGACCUCGCAACUAAUAGAGUAAGUGUGUUGGGCGUGUGUUGGGCGUGUGUUGGGCGUGUGUUGGGCGUGUGUUGGUUCGCCCCUCCCUACCUGCAACCGCCUGCUUGCCGCCAGUGGCGAUGGCUCCAUGGCUGUUUUGACCCUUCCUUUCCACCUUCUAUCCCUCCCUCCCUCCCUCCCUCCCUCCCUCCCUCCCUCCCUCCCUCCCUCCCUCCCUCCCUCCCUCCCUCCCUCCCUCCCUCCCUCCCUUCCUCCCUCCCUCAAUCCCUCAAUCCCUCCCUCCCUCCCUUCCUCCCUCCCUCCCUUCCUCCCUCCCUCCCUCCCUCCCUCCCUCCCUCCGUCCCUCCCUCCCUUCCUCCCUCCCUCAAUCCCUCAAUCCCUCCCUCCCUCCCUUCCUCCCUCCAUCCAUCCCUCCCUCCCUCCCUCCCUCCCUCCCUCCCUCCCUCCCUCCCUCCCUCCCUCCCUCCCUCCCUCCCUCCCUCCCUCCCUCCCUCCCUCCCUCCCUCCCUCCCUCUCCCCCUCUACCAAUCCACCGUGCAGCUCACAGCGCACACGGACAGCACAGAUGACGACCUGCUCUCCAUCGUGGCAGUCAAGAGCGAUUCCAAGGUGGUCUGUGGCUCUCAGAGCGGGCUGCUGUACUUCUUCAAUAUGAAUGGAGCCGAGCGGGACAAUGAUCGCUUUCGAGGUCACGGAGGUUCAGUGGAUGCCAUUUUGCCUCUGGACGAUGACACGCUACUCACUGCCUGCUCCGACGGGCUCAUUCGAGUUGUCUCUGUCUUCCCGAACCGCUUUCUAGACGUCGUGGGCUCACACACCGACGCUGCUGUGGAGGCACUGGCACUCUCUCACGAUCACAACCUGCUUGUGAGCGCGGGGCACGACCAGAAGCUCAAGGCAUGGGACAUCGCAGGAAUUUUGGAUGAGGAGGAGGAGGGAGAGGAUGGGGAGGAGGAGGAGGAAGAGGAAGAGGAGGAUGAGAAGCAAGAUGAAAAGACUGGAGCAGGAGGAGGAGACUAUACAGUGGCAAAUGGAAAAGAUCCAAAUGAGCCGGCAUCUGCUGCUGCUGGUGCUGGUGAAAUGGGAGUGGGAAAUGGAGGGGCAGAACAAGCAGGGGACGGUGAAGGCCGGGGGAAGGAGCAGACAGUUGCUGGGAGAAGAAGGGGUGACUGUAAGGAGAGUGAUAGUGACAGUGACCAGAGAGGAGGUGGGAGAGACGAUGACUCAGACAGCAGCGACGACGACGGUGGCAAGGGAGAUUCUGUUGUCCAUGCGACCAAUCAGAUCACAGAUUCCACUGCUGGUAAUGGCGGUCAGGCUAUUUCUGCCGUGCCGUCAAUUAAGGCUAAUCUUUCUGAUCAGCUAGAUGCGGAUUUCUUGCUUCGAUAUAAGGCAGGGAGGGUAGGCCUUACCGAGGCGUCUAUACAAACCCCGAAACUCGCCUUUCUGUUCAUGACACGUGGCCGUCUGCCAUUGGCUCCCUUUUGGGAACGGUUCUUUAAAGGCCAUGAGGGUUUCUUCUCAAUCUACAUCCACACGGCUCGCGAGUUUCGAUAUAAGCCAGGGGAGCUUCCAUCCGCGUUUGAAGGCGCACACAUACCGAGUCAAGACGUGCACUGGGGCGAGAUUAGUAUGGUGGACGCGGAAAGACGCCUGCUAGCCAACGCUCUCCUGGACCCAGGCAAUGCACGCUUCAUCCUCGUUUCAGAGUCCUGCGCUCCCCUCUUUAACUUCACAUUCGUUUACGAGUACCUCAUGGCCUCGCCCGAAGCAUACGUUCGUUUGAAGAACGAGCCUGGGACGAACGGGCGGGGGAGGUGGCGGAGGGAGUUUCUGCCUCUGGUUCGUUUGGAAGAUUGGAGAAAGGGAGGGCAGUGGUUUGCCAUGGAUAGGGAAGCGGCUAGGGUUAUCGUCGCGGACGAUAUUUUCUAUCCUCUUUUUAAGCGGUUCUGCAGGCCGCCGUGUUACGCGGACGAGCACUACAUGCCGACUAUGCUGAAGGUUCUUAUGCCGGGAAAUGUGGCCAAUAGGACGGUUACUUGGACGGAUUGGUCUAAGCCGGGUGCUGCGCAUCCUGCGCAGUCCAUGUAUUCCCCAAACAUGCAGUCGCCUCCCCUAGCCCCCUCUUCCCCCUCCCUCCCCCCUUCCCCCUCCCCUCUUCCCCUCCCCCCCCCUCCCCUUCCUUUUCCCCCUCCGCACUUCCCCUAUACCAAGCAAGUGCUCCCGAUCCUCCUCGCGUCGCUUUUACUUUUCGGUUCGCCCCCUCUCGCCGUCUCCGCCGCUCAGACUUCCUCUCCGGUUGCAACGCCUGCGAACCCUGGGGCUGCCGUCGCCGUAGACUCUACCGAGGCACUCUAUAACGCGUUAAUCCGUGCCUCCGCCGGACUCGCCGGCGCCGGCGGCGGAGGCGGCGGUGGCGGCGGCGCGAACGCGUCAGCGGCGUCGCUAGCGUGGACGGCGAGCCUGCUGCGCGGCACGGGCGUGGACCAGGAGGUGAUUAACGCGCGGAACUCGGGGCUCGGCGCGCUGCUGGUGGCGCCGACUAACUACGCGUGGCAGCAGUUCUUCGACGUGCUGGAGCGCGCCAAUGCGAAGCAACCCGCGGGGACGUGGCCAGAUAUCUUUGUGGGCUAUCCAAGCGUCACCCCAGCCGCCCUCGUAGCAGCAGCCAGCAGCAUCACCACCCCUGCCUCCGCCAGCCCCCCCAACAUCACCCGCACCUUCAGCAACCUCUCCGCUCCUCUGAACCUGGCCGCCCUAUCGCCCGAAGGGACGGCCGCCCUGAGAGGCGUGCUGAUGCUGCACCUCACAGGCGCUUACUAUCUGGAAAAGCAGCUGGAAGAAAUGGCCUCUCCUAAUGCAAGCAACCCGGCGCCACAGCACGGGCACAUAUACGCAGUGGGCACGAAUCAGACGAUUCAGAUCCACAUAGAGUCGGACAAGUCGCUGGUGUUCCGCGUGCCGGCCAACUCCAACACGCCUGUGCGGGACAGCCCCUACACGGCCUACUCUGUCACUGCAGCCGCCACUGUGCUGCGCGCUCUCAAGGAUGCCGUAGCUGAUGGGAAGCUGGCCGUGCAAGGCGCCGACCAUGUUCUGCUUCCUCCCACCGGGCCUGCCAAUGCUGUGGGACGAGUUUUCAAUGUGAAUGUACAAGCGAUACUCAGCAUUGCAGUGUUUACAAUGGCCUUUCUAUUGAUUUAG